AUGUAUCUGGAAAAGGAGGACAACUACAUCAUAGAUAAGAACAGAAUCGACAGUGUGAACAAAUAUAUUUACACGAAAUUCCCCACAUUUGACCUGCACAAGAAGGUAAAAAAUUACAACAAUAGGAUAUCCGAAUUGAUGAUAGAAAAUGAAAAGUUAAAAAAGUAUAAAAGCAAUUUGGAGAAAAGAAUCAUAAGAGGUAACGAAAAUUUUGAAGUCAAUUUUAUGAAGUAUGAGCUAGCCAUUUCGAAUGCCUUACGUAUUGGCUAUUCAUGCAUAUUCCUAUGCAACACAUUAAAUAAGAUUAUAGACAGGUAUAAGAUAGCCGUCUUGAGGGAGCUACUCAGAAGAAGGGAUCAAUUCAAAAACAAUCUCAUCAAAUCGUACAUGAAUAAGAAUUCGUAUGAUAAGCUAUUCAUAAACAGCAUGGUUAUGAAGAUAGAGGGGGUGUAUGAACGGAACAGGCAUUUUGUCACUACCGUUUUGGUUAUCCUAGUGAAGAAUAAAUUGAGAGAUAUUUUCAAAUUGUUCGUCUGCAACGUUUUGGGGAUUCCCACUGGGGGGGUCUAUACCUUCCGCGGUUUGUCCUCUGGAAGGGAAAACUCCAAUAGGGUGACGUCCUCCAGAAGGGGGGAUGGCCGCUAUAUGGAGCUAACCACGGAUGAAAGAAUCAAGUACACAUCUGGGUUUAUAAAAUUAAUGGACGUUUUAAAAAGUAGAGUUUACGGAACAGUUAGGGUUUGCUUCAUCAGUUUGAAGAGGCAUAAUGAUGAGUACGAUUUGUACGCACGUGGUGUGUGGAGGUCCUUCCCACUUAGCAAAAGGGAGAGGACCCAGUUUGCCACGAACGAGGGUGAGGCGAAAAAAGGGGAAGUCCAAAAUUGCGUAAGAGACAAGGGUAACAGUCGGAAUGGUGAAUUAUUCAGGGGUUAUGCCUUCUUGGUGGGGCAAAAAUUAAUCGCCAGAGGGGACACCCGUGAUGAUGAUGAUCGGUCUAACAUAGAAUGUGAUCGCUCAAGCAGUAGCAGCUACUUACCCCACCCCAGUGACGUGUACAAUUAUCUGUACUACCAGGAACUUCUAAAAAUUAAGGACAAGUUAUCAGCCAGACUGAUGGAUGAUGAAAAUGGCGAUCUGGUAAACUACAAAUUUAUGGAGAGAAAUGGAGAGGUAUACUGCUUGAGGGGAAAUGGGAAGGACGGGGGUUCAUCGGUUGGGGAUGCAACCAACCGGAGCAGCGUUAUAGGGAAUAUGCCUACACAAAGUUGGUUACCCCAGAGUGGUGGCCGCCCACGUACGAGGGAAAACGAAAUGGCUAGCCGGCUCGAUGACCAAGUGGGCAGGGUACCAACCGAUCCCAACGUUGGUUUUCGCGAAAGGGAAGGCGGCGAUGUCCACAGGGGGAGAGUUGUAAGUUUUGCCUUAUCAGAUCGAGGGGGUAAUCCAACUGUGGGUAGCAGUUUUUAUGAGCAGAAAAAGAGAGUCGGGUUUAACCUAAGGGGGAGGGCAAAUUACGCGGGUUCAGAGGGUUUGCGCGGGUAUGCGGCAGAUGGGAGGUUCGCGGCAAAUGGGGGGUACGCCGCAAAUGGGGAUUACGCAGCAGAUGGGGAUUACACAGGCGCUGCUGCACGCAGCGAGCCGUACGACGUGUACGAAGUGGAGAACUGCACAGGCGAGGGAAACGCCAAAACGCUGGUCCCGCUCAGCGACAUGGAGAACAAUUUCAGGGGCAUAAUGUCGCAGGUGAGCGAGGAUAAUGAGAAUGCCCCGGAGGGUGAGGCGGGUGAGGAGGAGGAUGUGGAUGAUGUGGAUGAUGUGGAUGAUGCGGGUGAAGCGGGUGAAGCGAGUGAGGAGUAUACGGCGCGCGAGCUGUGCGAGACGUACUCGGGCAGUCGCAAUUUGUGUGAGCAAAGCAUUGCCAACAUAACGGAUGGGCUGAGCAGAAUUCAGGAAGAGAAUUUUCUUUGCCUUGUAGGUGAAGGCCCACCGGAUGUGCUCGAAGUGAACGCCAGGGGUCAGUACUACUUCGGGGAGGACGGGGGGUAUGGCGUGGGCGACGAGGAGGGAUGGACGUGGGGCGCGCCGCGCAAAGUGUUGUGCGCCAUUAGGAAGUGAAGC